AUGCGCGUACCCUUCCGCCUCCUGUGCUUCCUGGCUGCGGCCUUCGCGACGUGCGUGUCAGCCGACGCCAUGGACGACGGGACCCCACUUAUGAGUGAAGCGCCUCCCGUGACCCCGUCAACUGACGGUACGGGCGUCUCGAACGCCACGAGCGACGCGCCCCGCGCCGAAGAGGACUUUGACAUUGAGCCGCAGCCGACGCGCGCCCCGACACAGAAGGCCCCGACACAGGAGGCCCCGACACUGCCGCCCAGCGUUGCGCCUGUGAAGCGCAACCCCAUCGCUGACCCUACCGCAAGUGACCGUCCAGCGGAAGUCACGAGCACUGCGUCUGCGGUGGCCCCGACGGCCGCUGCGGUGGUCCUAUCGGCCGUCGUCUACCUCAUGCUCUAA